GGCAGUGCUCGGCGGGCCGCGCGUCGGCAGGACGUGCGCACGAUACAGGGUUCGAAUCUCUUUGGAAAAUGGAACUGUGAACGUCUAGUCCGAGCGUGUGAGACGCGUGGCGUUUGUGUCGGCUUGGAAUUGUGAGUGGACAUUAUCGACCUAUAGUGUCAUGAUUGGUUAAAGUGAAAAGUGUACACGGUUCGAUUCUUCGAUUCGAACAAUAAAUAUCAGAAAGAACAUUUAUAACGGACAUUAAUUACAAACUAAUGGAUUUAUAGAAAACAUUGUAAAAAAGAUUGUACAAAAAUGAUCCAUAGAACAUCGUCUUCACGGCGCCGAAGAGCGUCAAGGAGUGCGGCUACUUCACCACAAACUCGAUCACCGAGAGCGUCUGCCCAAACAUCUAGAAGAGCAUCUUUAGCAACUACAGAAACUGAUGAUGAAAUGGAUUCUCCGUUGCCAGCAAGAAGUCCAAGGACUAGUCUCGCUCCUGACGCCGCUUUAGAAAUAUACCACCGAAGUCCGCGACAAUCUUUAGUUCCUCAAGAAAUAAGAUCUGCUAGGAAUUCUAUCACCCCAGAUACAUCACAACAAAUGAGGAAUACUCUAGCACCAAGCAGAAACAAUUUAGGCGUCGAAUUAGCAUACGGAUCAAGACUAAGUCUUAAUCCGCAAGACUUCAACAGGAGCCCGAGAAAUAGUAUCACACCCGAUGUUACGGCAAGGAGUCCGCGACGAAGUUUAGUGCCUGAAGGAACGACAUGGAACCAGCCACGCAACUCCUUAGUGCCAGAUGUGGGGAGAAGUCCAAGGCAUUCCGUGGCGAGUAUACAGUUAGAUCCCGCUAGGGGUCAGAAAGAAUUAGGGCCUAGUCCACGGACGAGUCCAAGAGGAAGUAUAGCUCCAGAUGUGCCAUUGAAGAAUAAGGAACUGCCUGAUAUAACAAGUAGGAGUCCAAGAGGAUCCAUAAUACCAGAUUCUCAGAGGAGCCCGCGAGGAAGCAUUGCGCCUUCGGAAAGGAGUGCGAGGGGGAGUUUGGUGACUAAUGAGAUCGAUGCGUCAAGGAUUAGUCCAAGAGGCAGUUUAACGCUAACAUUUCAAGAGCCUUUGGUGUCCAGAGAAAGGCGGGCUAGUGAAGAUAGUCAAACUGCUGGAACUCGUGGCAGGAGCAUCUCUCCUUACCGGGCGUCACUUAGCGGUCGUCAAAGUGGGGGAGUGUUGUCUGAUGGGGGUUCCAGGAGAGCUUCCAGCUCUGUUAGUCAGGUCUCCGGUGACGAACAGCGGCGUCUGUGUGGUGAGCAGGCCAAGUACAAUGAGCGUGGGGGGCUGGGCCUUGGCGUGGGCCUCACCACAUACGGCUCCGUCGGGUACCAGCUGAAGGAUGCUAACAUGGAGGCCUCGGGAACCGUCGACUUUGUCUGCCGAGCCGCUAAAAUUAUGAACAGAACCAUUCUUAUGACAGUAUUCUUGGCCAUCCUGUCCACGUUACCAGUUAUUAUGUUAAUUAUGGGUGUCCAAUACAUCCGCGACUGCCCGGCCGAGCCCCGCAUCCCCGUGUACAUGGUGGUGGGCGGCGCGGCUGGCGGCGCCGGCAUUUGCUGGCUGCUAUGGGCUCAGCUGGCCAGCAGGAGCUCCAACUCCUCAGCCAGCGUGCCUGAGAGAGUGCUGGCGUAUACUCUUACUGUGUUCCUCAUGGGUUGGUUCGCAUUCGGCAACUAUUGGACCCUGGGCAUCAUGUGGCCGGACUAUGCGCCGACGCUGUUCGAGCCGAACCAGUGGUGUCAUCGCACUCUGUAUGUCUUCGCAUUGACCCAGCUCGGAGUGGUGUGGGGGGUCAUUACCCUGCUAGUGCUGUUGCUCUUGGCUUUGGUGGUCUGCCAAGUAUUCGGCUGCGGCUGGCUGGGCCCGCCGCGGUACAAGUAGCAGCGGCGCAGUGUCGUGCUCGAGCUAUGGCACAGGAACAUCAACAAUACUAUGGACGUAGCCGGAGCCCUACUACCCUUCACGCAAGUCGUCAGACCAGAACUAACCAUCCACGUGCAAGAAGUACUGACCCAAGCAGACCGGGAAGCGUCUGACGCCCCCAAACCGAAGAUACCAGAAAUCAACGAGCCACAUGACGAUGAGAAAGCAACACCGAAAAGUGUAGUGAAAAGUCAGGAGACAAUUAAGAAGAGUUCGCCAUGAUGGUUAGUGAUUGUGCUACCAGAGAAUCAGAAACACGUGCAUUUUGAAACGACGGAUAGAGUUUAUUAUUUUUAAUCUCCAAAUUCAAUAAAGGAUCAUUUUAAAAUAAUUCAGUUUUUAGUAUUUCUAUUCCAAUUCAUUUAUGUUCAUUAUAACAUCGUUAUAUGAUUACAAUGAUGCAAGCUGCUUUGAAAAAGUCACAAGUUUAAUUGUGAGUUCUAUAACUGAUAUAUAAUUUAAUACAUAGAAUUAGUAAUUUUAUCUCUUCAAAUGCAUGUGUUUUAUAAACAAUUUAAAGGGUUAAAAUGAAGGACUCUUGUCACUUGUGUUUCACCAUGCUCAAGUUUUGAAGGUACAGACAGUCAUUAUAAAUUGCAAUAUUAAAUUUCAUCGUAGUGUUAUUACGUAGUUUGCUAUUUGUAGCAAGUUUUUCAAGUAAAUGGGAACAGUAAAAAAAAUGUAGAAUUUUAGAAAUCUGUACCUUUGUCUAGCUCGACGCACGAUAGCACAUCAUAAUGUGAUAGUAAUAGUAAUGUUAGUAACAUAAUAUUAUUUUAUUUUGCGGGAGUUGGAAGCGCUUUAUUAAAACAGAUUUAUAUCAUAUAGUUACUGUGGACAUAUUAUAUCUUCGAUUGAAUUUGUCAAUAGAAAAGAAGAUAAAACUUAAUUUUAUGUUAAAAUGCUGCUAACCCGCGUUGUAUAGACAUACUUAGUAUAGUUAUCUUAUAUGACACAACGAAUAUUAUACUAGUAUCAGUAUUUGCAGUAGUGUUUAAAAUUGUAAAUAAUUUAAAAAAAUAAUCGUAAUGAUUAUAUAAAAAAAUAUCAUAUAAUUGUAUACAUAUCCGAAUAUACGCUAUAAUAUUAUCGGAAACGUAAUUUUGUAUAAACUUUAUGUGCACACUUAUAGGUAUUCUAUAUUAUUGGUGUCAGACUACUUCGUGUGCUUUGGAUUUGACUCUCCAGAUACUUGUAUCUAAAAAUAUAAAUAUCACAUUUUAUAUUUAUAAAAUAUCACGGAAAUUUCAUAUAUAUUUACAUAUUACAACCUUUCAACUUUCAAAUUCUCUAACACAAUUCAUCCAAAACUGAUGAUCUGGAUCAUAGAAUAUUUUUUUAUAUUUGUUGUUUAUUUCGCAAGUUAAAAUAAUAAUUCUGAAUUUUUUAUUUCAUUUUUAAUUAUUAUCUUCGCCUUUUCUAUUAUGUUAUUCUCCUUUUACACAAUAAUUUAUGUCAAGUUUUUCCAGAAAAAUGACAGAUACUUUGCAAGUACUUAAGUAAAAUAUUAAUGUUAACAAAUUAAAGUUAUAUAUAUUUAUUUCAAAAAAUUAGAUAAAAAUAUCUCGAGUGUCGAGCCAAACAACCACGUAAUGCAUGGAACGGGCUUUAAUAUGAAUUUUGUGAAUAAAUAAUAUUUUUAUAGUACGAAUCUAUUUGUCAUGUACUUUGAUGUGAUUUUAGACGGCAAGUAUUAGUCAAAGCUAAAGUCUUACAAAUUAUAUUUUGAAUUGCAACGUGUUUAAAUAAAUUAUUAUACAAUCAUUUACAAAAAUUAAAUUUAUGAUCGUCCCAAUUAAAUAAAAAAUAAACGUCCGAUUGUGACCAAUUUUUGGAUCAAAAAGCAUUUUAAUACUAUACUUUUAACUCAGUAAAUAAGAACCAAUACAUUAUCAGGGAGAAAUUAUUAUUUUUUAAACGGUGCUUGCUAUUAAUUCUGUAAAAUAUAUACUGACAUAAUUAUUACAUAAAAAAUAUAUAAAAACUGGCAAUGCGUAUAGAAUUGAUCUCUACUAUUAGAUUGUAAUAAUAAGCAUUAGAUUUUAUUAAUAUAGCCAUUUCGAUAUAUCAUUAUUAACUUUUUGCUUUAUACAUUUUGAAAAGUAUUUCUAUAAGAUCUAGAAGAUUUAUCUUAAAACAAUAAUAAUAACGCAUAAAAUGUCCACUUAUGAACAAAAAAAAUACUUUUUUGACAAACUAUUCUAAUAUUCAAUUGUAUGUACCAAAUAACUAAAUUUGUCAAAUAUGACAGUUCAAAUAAAUAUGAUGUGAAUUGGCAUUUUUUAUAAUACUUUCAGUUUCAAAAUUAUAUGAAUAUAGAUCUGGUCCUGGGAACAUAGAUUGUCCGUAGUUAUUUUUAUAGAAACGUAUUAAAUAAGUUAAAUUCAAUUUAAACUAGGUUACAAUCCAAUCCAAAUUAAAUGUUUGCAUAUCUAUUACAUAUCUUUGAAAAAAAAAUGUCCAAAAAGAAUGUUUUAUUAUCAUAUAUUUAUUUUGUUCAUGAAAGUGAUGAAUAUCCUUUAUUCCCUAUCACUUGUUACAGUCAUAUCACUAUUGACUCAAAUACGUUGUAAACGGCUAUCAGGUAAUCUAGUUAUUAUAUUAUAAAUUAAGUAAUUAAUAUUAUUAUUAUAUUAUGUAAUUAAUAUUUUCAUUUAUAAAAGUGCAUAAUUUGAAAUCUAAUUUAAAUAAGAGAAUUAGUAAUUCGGAUUUUAACUUUUUUCUUAAAGCCAAUAGUUUGUAUAUAAAAUAUUCAUUUUUGAAAUGAAUCAAGAUUGAUAAAUAUUUACCAAUAUUAGAUAUUGCAUAUUUAUGAUUAGUGCCUAAGCAUAUAUGCGUGCUUGAUAUGACCACGAAAAAUAUUUAGAUCCCCUAUUUGUUUAUAUAUAAAUAGAUAUCAUAUAAUUGAAUACAAUUAUUGAAGACUAUGAUAAAAUGGUAGUAUAGACGAUACAGUUUAGAACAUAAAAGUAUGUACUUAUGAAGCAUAAAUUUUAGUGUAUUUUAAACUAUAAAAUAAUAAUAAAAAUGUAAAAAAGCAUUGCGUGUCUUUAUUGUAAUGACGAUUAAUAAAUGUUUUUUCUUUUUAUAAA